UUUACUGUCUUCACUUUCAUUUUAAUGGAGUCUGAAGUUCCCCUUCAGUGGUGUACAAUGUGAGGCAUCCUGGUAUCAUGGUUAAAAGCACAACCACUGGAGCUGGAGCAAAAUAUCCUGGCUUUAAAUGACUGCUCUGCUACUUACUAUCUGUGUGACUUGGACAAGUAAUGUGACCUCUCUGUGUCUCAGUUUUCCAAUCUUUCAAAAUGGGAUGAUAGUAAUGCCUGUUUUGAAGGGCCAUGAAGAGGAUUUAAUGACUUGAUGUUGGUAAGGGCUUACAGGGUGGCAUGUGGCAUGGUUAAAUCAAAUAGCUUGUGAAAUUUUUCAUCUUGCACUGGAAACCUAGAGCUGAGAUUUGAAUCCAGGUGGGUCUGGCAUGUUCUGUUCCUCUAUCACACAUUGGCUCUUCAAGGCAUGAGAUACCCUAGCCCCAGAGCUGUGGGCCAGAGACAUCCACUCCAGGUAGUCAUUAGCAGAUGGAUAAAAAUGAAAGCGCUGGGAUGGCUGUGCUCACCCAGAGAAGGAGGUUAUGGUCUCUCAGUGGCCAGGGUUCUAUCCUGACCUCCAACACUUACUGUGUGUCCUUGGGAAGUACAGUCAUUUGUCAGGCCUCAGUUUCCUUGGCUCUAAAAUUGAGGUUUUCCAUUCUCCUCUCUGACUCAGCUGAUGUCUGCAUGUGACAGUGCUGGCAGAGGACAGGGAUCCCUGUCACUGCUCUUCUUUCCCCAUAGCUUGGAUGGCUAGAAGCUACUGAGGAGCAUGGUAUGGGCGGAGUUGUGGCAAUUGGCCAACUUGUGGGAUUCCCAAGCGCUUCUAGUGGUCUGAAGCUGCCAACCCCUGAUUCCAGAGGAUCAGGUACCACGUGACUCCUGAUAGGAUGCACCAUUGGUCUUAGGCAGUGGGGGGCAGCUGCUCAGUUGAGACUGAGUAGGCUACUUUUACUGACCAUUCCUUUCUUUAGGGGCCCCAGGUGCCAAUGCCCAGAAUGUUGAGAGAACCAGGCCAUGAUGAUGCCCACCCCCAGGAGUAUCCUGGUGGCUUCCAAAACAUGAGAUUCCACUAUGAGCGCAACCCAGACGCAGAUAGGGUGGCAGAGAUUGGCCUGGAAGAGCUAAAUGGACUGGAGAUGGAAGUCAUGAGAAGACAGCUGCACGUGAUCACCAGCCGGCUGCGAGCCCUGGAGGACCAGGGUGCCACCUGGCGCCACAGGGAUGCUCUGUUCUUCACCAUGCUGGUGUCGGCCUGCGUCGCCAACCUGUGGCUGUGGAUGCGCCAGUGAUGCCUCAUGCCGCCUGAGCCCACUUCUCCUUCCUCUUCUUCCCUUUUCUCCCUGGGCCGCCCUUGUCCAUCUUCCUUCCAUCACCCCGCAGUCCUUAGCAGCGUCAGAGCCAUUUUCUAACUCUGAUUACACAGCUUGCCUGCGGGAGGCCCUAGCAGCUGGGAGGUAAAAGAAGUGUGGCAUUCCAAAAGUCUGAAUGGGCUGAAAUGUAGCCACUUUGGAGGGUGAGGAAGGUGGCAUCUCGUCCCCAGAGUAACACCAGUGGCAGGUGUUUCCUGCUUGCCCAUCAGGGCUCCAUAGUGACCAUCUCAGAGCUGAAACUUGCCUCUGUGCCCUCAGUGUCCCUUCUGUUCCAUCCUCUGUGGCAGGGGCUUGGCUCUGCAUUCCCAGUUUUCUUCCACUUUGUGUACAGGGCUCUACACAGAAAAUGCACUCAAUAAAAUUUCACUGAUAGCAGCAAA